CCGCUAGUGCAUUUAACACCAGUGAACACACAACAGCUGUGUUAUGAUACAAACAAUGACAAAGCAAUAAUGAAGAUACCUCAGAAUGGAAGGACAAUAGAGAAAGGGUAUGUACAGAAUAAUAUACAGACUUUGGGUGUUGCACCCAAGGUGUCAGUUCCCAGACCCAACUGGGAAGAGCCAAAACAUAUACCAAGAAUAUAUGAUUUAGCUGCUAGAGUGGACCCGAAGCUAUUAUUAGAUCAAAUUUUAAAUAGCCUAAUUCAGCUGACAGCUCGAGAAAUAUUAGCUGUAUCUAAAGAUUCAUCCGGAAGUUUGAUGGAUUUAAUCAAA